AUGUCGCCGCCCAUGGAGACGUCGUCGUCGACGACGGUAGCAUCCCGCGACUUCAAACUCGAAUUCGACGUCGUCGUCCGCCUUCGUCACGCGUCGGAGGACCUUUCCGAAGUUCUCGGUGGGGGACUUUGGACUUUCACCAGCUGUUUAUCACUUUCGCAUUAUUCGCAGUAUUGUUCGUUUUUUCAGCCGUGACCUAAUUGACAGGUAAUUGAAAAAUCAGCUCGAUUUGUUGGACUUUUUUCGGGAUUUUAAUUAGGUCGUCUGUUCUAUUUAAUUAAGGUCGUCAUCUUUGGAAGUACGGAAAACACUGGGAAAAUUGGCUUUUUUGAAUUUACUAAGAUAAAAAAAUAGUGUAAAUUUUUAUAGAAGCGAAUAUUUCUCCAAGCGUCGCGGUCGCGUAGCGGUUGCGCGUGCAAAGAACAAUUUUUUGAAUAGAUCCGACUAAAAACUACUUGCGCCACUAGGCAUUUUAUGAUAUAGCGAGAAGUCGCUUCAAGUCGGGCGCAGCAAUAGUUCAAGAACGAAAACUGGGUUUCAUUUUCUGCUGCAAAACCGCAACGCAACCGCGACGCUUCAAGCCAUUUCCUGUCAAUAGAAAAAGUAUCGUUUCGAAUAUACGUCCUUCUUGAUUCGACCCAAGUCGAGACGGUUCGAAAUGUCAAAAACUGGAAACAAUGUAAAGGGUAGACCCUGCCGGGGGAGCACAAAAGAGCACACUGAGUCAUACUGCCGCGUUGUAGGCCUUGAUCUUUACUUUCUUUUCUUGGUUUGAACCGGGGAGUAUUCUCGAUUGAUCCGUGAUUUUUUUUAUUGGUAGAAUAGUUGCAAUGACGACGAAAAAGUUGAUUUUGAGCAAAAUUUUGAGUUUUUAGUUCCCUUAAGCUAACACGGUAGAAUCAAGAAAAGUGAAAAAAAUAGUUUCAAAUUUAUUUCCUUGACUUUAAAUCACAGGCAUUUGCUCAAAACGUAAUUCUGAAUUUGAGGAUGUUAUUACACAUGGAUCAACGAAAUGAUAUCGUUCAUUCAGAUUUUUAGGAAAUUACAGAAACCUAUAAAUAAAGUUAAAAAUGUCAAGGAAAAUUUUUAUCGGAUCUUUUCCUUUUGAGUAGAAAUCGGAACUUUUUUACAUCCAAUUUUCUAAACAUGGAGAAUGAAUCGAAGCUUAACGGCUGGAGAGCGUUUUUUGACAUGCGCCCGACCUGAAACGACUCGCGCGUUCUAGCAUCGAAAAUCAGUAGCGCAAGGUUUCUUUGCAAUAAUUCGUGGCGUUCUGAGCUGACAGCUCAUUUUUCCUCAAAUCAAAGCGGAUUUCCAAAAAAGGUCAUAUUUUUGAAUACAAGUUCGAAAGACACUCUUAUUGAUUGAAAAGAUCGAUUAUUGAUUUUCUCCAAUUUUUUCCAGAAGAGCCAGUCCUGACACAUCGACUCGUCCUGUCGUCGUACUCGCCGUUCUUCCGUCAGCUUCUGGCGCAUUCCGACGAGAAGAUGACGUCGAUCGACGUCGACCUCACCCAUUUGCCCAACGCCCUCCACGCCUUCAAAUCCAUGAUCUCGGCUCUCUAUUCUGGAGACGUCAGCUUCGACAAGGCACAGCCUUCUGAGGUCAGCGGAUUCUGAGAAAGCGCAGUGGUUAUGGCUAGGAAGGUCGCUGGAUCGAUUCCUUACCUUGAAUCUUUGAUGGAACUUUUUUGGUGUGAACUUUGGGUCGUCCAGGUUUUAGAACGAGAAAGAAUUUUUUCUUUUUAGAGUUACAAAGCUUCAAAAUAAUAAAAAUAGCGAUUUUACUUGUUUUUUUUUAUUUGGCGUACAUCCCAGACCAAUAUUCGAAAAUAAGGACUAUCGAAAAAAUUCCUUUUUUUAGGGGUCUCGAAGUAAAUUCUCAAAAAGUUCUACCUGGAGCUGAGAGGUUUUUUAUACUGAAAAAAAAAGUGUUUCGAUCCGGGGAAAUUUUCAGGGGUCACUUUAGGGUUUUGACGUUUGAGAGGCCACUAUAGUAGUCAAAUUAGUGGCCGCUUAAGAGGUUGAAAAUUAGUGGCCACUUAAGGAGUCUAAGUGCUACUACGAGACCACAAAAAAUUUUAGUAGCCACUUUAGGGGUCAAUGGAUCAAAAUAACUGGUCCAAUCUGUUUGUUUUAAAAUUAUCAGAGUUACUGGAAGGAAUACUGGAUGAAAAACUACUGAAGUGACCACUAAAACGAUAAAUAGUGGCCACUUUAGGGUCCUCUCCAAGUAGUCCUCGAAGAACUACUCGAGUGGCCACUAGAAAUUCCCCCAAAUGCUCAUGGAAUUUUUUAUUCAUCCUAACGGUUCGAUGGAGGCUUAGCUUUAUUUUCUGUAUAUACCUGAUUUUUUCAAUUUUUCGGCCGAAAAAAAAACAUAGAUCUUUCAAUGCAUCACUCUUAUUACGGUAACUCAAUUCGCCGUCAAGUUCUCGGCCAAUUGAGUUAUGAAUCAUUUCCAGGGCAACAAUAAUCCCGAAUAAAUCAGUUUCGAGUUGAGUUCCAUUUUCUUUGGAACGUGAAUGACGUUUAAUAAAUGAAGUUAGUUUCAAAAUUACUUUCGAAUAAAUGAAAUGUUUUGAAUAUAGGUUUCCUGUUGAAAGUGUCUACAAUUUAAAAAAAUUGGAGCAAAAAAAGACGGUUGAAAAUUCGUGAAAGUGCGUCUAAAUUUAUUACAAAAAAAGAAAAAAAUUUCGGUUUGAUUUUUUUCGUCCAAAUUUUCGAAAUUCCGGCAUUUCCUUGUAGGCGGGCUUAUUCUUGGAAAAAUAGUUUUGGAUAAUAUCAAAAAAAGUAUAAGUUUCCUGUUUCAGUGAAUAUUCAAAAAAAUUUAUAAACACAUCUGAAUUUCGGUGCAUGGUUGUUAUCGAAGCGUUGCGAACGAAAAAAGUCUUACCAAAUAUUUAAAGGCGCAGGGCGGAGCUUGAACGUUUUGACCCCAUUUAAUUUGUGUGUAAAAUCGAAAAAAAAAAUUGAAAAGUUCCUAAAUUUUGUAGGUGUUAGCAGUGUGCCGCGCAUGCCAAGUCCCGUCGAUCGAAUCGAAAGUUCUGACGUCAUCGGUUGUUGACGUCACGAAAAUGGUGAAACAGGAAACCGUGGAAAGAACCCAACCGUUGGAUCUCUCACAGGCUUCAAAUAACGGUGAGUUAUGAUUUUUUUAGCGAUGGGGCGCACUUUCGCGAAUGUGAAAGUAAUUUAUGAGUUUUUUUUUCGAGUCGUUAAAUAGUUUCUAUAUUUUUAGUUUUUUUUUUCUUUCCGAAAUUUUUUAUUCUUAAUGACUGUAACAGGUUAGAGGACAGUUCUUUAAAAAUUUUAGAACCAAAGAAAAAAAAAGCGUCGCGUCCUAAAAAAGUGCGACCGACUGUAAACCGACUUGCGCGCCUUGGCAUUAAAACUGCGAGAUUUCACGUUUCGAACUAGGACCGCAGCGCUCAAGAGCCAUUCCAAAUGCGGACAGGAAAUAAAAAUCGCUUCAAAUCGAGGAUUUUAUCGUGGGAAAAAAAAUAAUGAAGCUCAACAUUUUAUAAUGAAAAUUGUAUUGACAGGGUUUGAGACUGCAAAGAAGAUCAAAAAACAAGAAAAAAAUUUUUUUAAAAAUAAAUAAUGUGAAACAGUGAACUCUGGAAAAAAAUUUUUAUUUUUCUAAACUAACGAUCAAAAAAAGUAUGACUUUUUUUCACGCCCUUUGCGUCAAAAAAAUAGUUUUUCAAACGGAAUAAGGAGAAAUAAUUUGAUAAAAUCCCGCCCACAUCAUUCAUUUUUCUAUUCCAGUGAUCCGUUUCGUGUAGUAGACACUCUUUGCCCUUCAAAAAACCACUUUUUCUCCUGACAUUUUCCCGAUUUUCGCAACUUUUUCCAAAUGUCAACUUCUCCAGAAACUCGGUAACGGACAAACAUUGUUAACGAGAAGGAAAAUGGGUGGAGAUUCCCUGAAAUGAACGACAUUUUUUCAGCUGUCCGUUUCACAAGUUGUGGGCUCGGAAUGACAUUUGUGUGUUGCGAGUUCAAUCUAGAAACUCUCCGCCUUCUUCUUCUUUUUUUCGAGUUUUCUUUUGCACAUGUCCAGUAAACUUUUGCCUUUCUUAAGGAGUUUCAUUAAAAAGUUUCAAAAAAAUUUAACUUUGUUUGAUUUUUUUAAUCUUCUAAUAAAGCCAAAAAAACGACAAUAGUGGUGCGGGAAAAGCUCGUCGCUUCAGAAUUUUUAUCCAGUUUUACUAUGCCUUUUUCAAUUUUCCGCCAAGAAGUUUCAAAUAGAACUACAAAAUUUUAAGGCUUUUUUUGCCUUUGACCUUGAAUUCAUUGAUGUUUCUAGCUGUUGAACUUGAAUAUUCGAGAAAUUAAAUCGGAGAAAAAAGAGCAUUUAUACUGAAAAAGCCUCUUGGAGAAGUAGGACUCAAAAAUUUCUAAAAAUAAAUGAAAAAAAUCAUCUAUUUUAGCUCUUUAAAUUGCAUUUGUCUUGAUAAGCUCUUAAAAAAAGCUCUGAAAAAGUUCUCAAAAAAAUUCAAUUUUUUUAUAAUUUAUUCAGCAGAUCUCCUUUGUAAAAAUCAGAAAAACAUUUAAUUUACAAAAAGGAAAAAUUGAACUUUGAACCCGUUCUGAGUCCUUAAAAUAUUUUUUUUAAAAAAAUAAUCGAUUGAUACAUCAGUUUACUGGUUCAAAAACCAUACCUAAAGAGGCGAUAUUUGCAGCGCAGGACUAUUUCCACGCGAUGACGUCACUCUGGCUGAGUGCCCAGAGUCAUCCGCUGAUGAACGCCUUCUUCUCGGCUCCCUUCAUCGCCACGCCCACUUCUCCGAUCGUCGUCGACGACGCCGUCGCCAGCAGGUUUUCAGAUCAUUUCGAGGCGGGAAAAUGGAUUUUUAAAAUUUUAAUCCUUUCUCUAAUAGUCUUUUCAUCUUAUUGAUUUGAAAAUGUCACAAAAAAAUUUGGCAUAAAAUGAAUUUCCGGGCAAUGGAUGCGUUGAACAGAAAAGCUGACUUUAAUAUAGGAAGGCUAGAAAAAAAUCUCCAGAAAUGGUGAAAAUUCAACUUUUGGGUCAAUUUGAGCGAAUCGCACAAAUCUCGAAAAAUCAGGCAGAAAUCUGAGUUUUGGACCUAGAUAGUUGGAAAAAAAAAAUUCAUUCUCAAUUUUGUAAGGUAUCGACUUCAAUUUAGAAAGAUGACUUGGGGAAUGACCCUUAAAAAUUGGUUGCUGGUUUUUUUUUUGAUGUAAAUGAACCAACUUGUAUUGAUUUUGAAGUUAAAAGAAAUAUGAAAAAAACCCAAUUUGAGCAUUUGCAGAGCUCAAAGCGAGAGCCAGAGCUCGGGCUCAUCACCUCGGGCCAACUCUGUGACCACGCCCCCUUCCAGUGCGGAUAAUGAGAAGAUCGUUCCCAACGAUGAUAAGGAAGGUGAGAGGGUCAGAAAAAAGUUAAAGUUGUCAAUUUAUUCUAUAAAUUUAAUUUAUGAGGUCUUUUUUGUCGAAAUAAUGAUCGAAAUUUUCAAUUUUCACGCUUUCCGCCAAACAUUUUCCAAAAAAAACGGUUUUCUCUGCGCCCUCUUUUCUCUCGCCUGUCUUGAGAGAGGAAGGAGAGCGCAGACAGACCAGAGAAGAGAGAUCUUAUUUUUGAUUUGAGAAGUGAGAAUGUCAAAAAAGUUUUAAAGUUAUCGAUUUUUGAAUCAUUCCGAUCAAUAGGUAGUUUUUAUUGGAGUAAUGACCGAAAUUUUGAAAUUUCUCCCUUUUUGCCGAAAAUUUCUCUGCGCCCUCUCCUCUCUCGCCAGUCUCGAGAGAGGGAGGAGAGCGCAGACAGGUCAGAGAAAAUCAUUCCUAAUGAUGAUGGAAGGUGAGGAAGUCGAAAAAAAUGUUUUUGAGAUGAUUAUUUUUUUAAAAAUAAUAAAUAAUUAAAUUGUCAAACUUUCGGAAUCAUAAUUUUUUCACGGUUUUCAGAGAAAGUUCUUUAAUUUUUUUUUCGAGAGAGAUAUAGUAAGAGAUCCCAGACAGGUUAGACGGUUAAAGAAAGUUUAUACAAGAAGAAACGCUCUUUUUCGAAUACAAAAAGCAUUUUUCUGAGUUUUGGGCUUGAACUUGUGACCUUCUGAACAAUUCCCGAGCCCAGAACUCACUAGGCUACGAUUUUAUUCAAAAAAAUUAUUAAAAAGAAAAAAAUUUCGCUCAGGCUGGUGCCGCAACAAGAAGUACAUCGAGAAGGUCGAAGGCGGCUUCAUGUGCACGGUCUGCCGCAAAAUCUACGGUAGAUACAACUCUGUCUCCUACCACGUCACCAUCUACCACCGUAACCCGCCGAUUCGGUACGAGACCCGUUUUAUUUGAGGAUAACUUAAGAAAUCUGCAGGUGCGACGAAAACGGCUGCAAUUUCUCGACUCGCGAAGCGCGCUACAUCCAUUUCCACAAGUAUUAUCGACAUCAUACGCCUCUCCCCGAAAAUAUCGAUCUGGGUUCGUUCUAUGAAAUCCCUGAAACUUAGAGACCGGUUGAAAAGAGUGAACGGAAACUGGGAAACUAAGGAAAAAUAGGGUUUUUCGUGCGGCUCCUUUUUUCCUGAACUUGGACAACUGGGAACAUUUUUAGUGGCCACUAUAGGGUUUUGACGUUUUAGUGGCCCCACAGUAGUCAAAUUAGUGGCCACUUAAGGGGUCGAAAAAUUGGUGGUUACUAUAGAGGUCUGAGUGCAACUACGAGACCACUUAAAAUUUAAGUGGCCACUUUAGGGGUCAAUGGAUCAACAGUAGAAAAGUAGAGAAAAAAACAAACAAAAAAAAUUGAUUUUUCGGUUUUUUUCGAUCAUUAGCCGUGGAGCGCACAAGUCUUUACAUUUCAAUCGCCAUUUUUCAAGUUUGAUUUAGAGUGGGUCUUUUGAGGUAUUUUGAAGAGAAUAUUGACGGGCUGAAGUUACGGUAUGUUGUGUUUCAGGGUCGCGAAAGUGUCCAUUCUGCAGACACGUCUCGAAAAGUCCGGCGAUGCUGGAGAAGCACAUCACACGGCAUGAGAACGACGGGACCAAGAAGGCCAAAGAAGCUAUGAAGUUGGUUUUUUUUGAUUGGAUAAAAACGAAAAAAGGCCCAUUUUCUAAGGAUUCGAAAAUUUUAUCUUUUUGCCUCGACUUCAACAUGUUAGUCCGACUUGUCUGCGCUCUCUUGUCUCUCAACAGUAUUACGAAGAGAAAAACUUAGUUAGAGAUAAGUGAGAGAAAAGAGAGCCCAGACAGGCUAGAAUUCAUCAAAAUACAUUUUCUGACUUGUCUGCGCUUUCUUAUCCCUCAACAGUAUUACGAAGAGAUAAAAAUCGCUAAGUUAGACAGUAGUGAGAGAAAAGAGAGCCCAGACAGGCUAGAAUUCAUCAAAAUUCAUUUUCUGACUUGUCUGCGCUCUCUUAUCCCUCAAUAGUGUUAUGAGAAAAAAAUAGUCUUUAAGUUAGAGAGAAAGGAAGGUCCAGACAAGUUAGAGGGUUUUUAAAGGAACUUAGGAAGCAGGACUCUUCUUAUUUCAAAAUUUUAACAAGAACUCAUCCAGUUUGCAUCCUACCGUAACCCAUCCUCAAAGAAAAAAAAAAGUGACGAGUGUUUUUCGCGAACUCCUUCAAAACGCUACGAUAUUCCGGUGAAACACGUGUUUUUCUCGCCACACAGAAAUAUUCUUUCGCGAGGUUGUUUUGGCCGCGAAAAAAAUGAGAAGGAAAGAUAAGGAGAACCCCAUAUUCUUCGCAUUUUCGAGUCGUCUCCCACGUGAACCUCAGUGUUUACCGUCCCAUCGACGAAAUUUGUGUCGAAACGGGAAAAUGGUCUUCGCUUCUGUUUUCGGCCACAAGAGCCCUUUUCUCGCUUCCCAAAUGAGAGACCAGCAUCAGGAAAACAAGAAAUUUGUGUUUAGGAACUGUCGAGACGUUUCUUAAGUUUAUUAAAGUAUGAAAAUUUCGUUUUUAAGUUGGAGGCUUUGAUAUCCAUCAGAAUUUUCUCAGAUUUUGUCAGAAAGGUCUUCAAAUUUGAGGCUACUUUAGUAGCGUCAGCACUUAAGUGAUCCCUAGAAUCGCACAGAAAUGUCCGGUUUUCGUUGUCCAGAUCCGAGUAGAUCCUAAGGGGGGCGGCGGAGCUUGAGAUCAUUCUCCUGUUGUUCUAUUCUUUUUAUAAUGUUUAGAUUUUCCAAAAAAAUUAUUAGUAAAAAGUAGUUCGACUGAAUAACAACAGAUAUGAAAAACAGACUUUUUUGACCGUCGAUUUGUUUUUUGAAUCUCAAACUUGAUAUACUUGACUUCUUUUUGUUAUUUGAGAAACUGAAGCUUUGAUGGAAUUUUAUGCUGAAAAUUUUUUUUAAGUUUACAGAGAGAAGAAUGAUUUAAGAAAGGGUUCCCCUCUAGGGACCACUUCACUUCCCACCGAAGCCUUAGACCCUGAAAACCUUCUAUUGAUCACAUAUUUAGUCCUUGUAGGACGCACUUAUUUUACUCUAACUCCUAUAGGGACCACUCUGUGGUUCCUAAGCUUGAAACCAUACCGUCAUAAGACUUAAAUCUACCGAUCAACGAAAAAUAAUCAAUAUUCCUUUUUCAGACAACUCAAGCCGAAGCCGCUUUCGGACCGACGCAUCCGCUCCGACCCGGGCCUCCCGCUGACGCCGCCGGGAGUCCUUCUCCCGCCGCCGAUCCCCCUCAAGUGCACACUCUGCCCCUUCAGCACGGGCGGCGCCGACGCCCUCUUCCUGCAUCUGGCGACGUGCCACGCCGCCGAACUCAGCCAAUUGGCGGCUUCCGUCGACUUCCAGACGCCGUCGCUGCUCCCGAACAUCAGCGCCAAGCCGUUGAUGAACGACGGCCUCGCCGUGCUGCCUCUUCAAGUCGACGCCACUAUUUGA